AUGGGCAAAGAGGAGGAUCCCAAGUGGGCGCGUCAUCGAUCCCAAUUCAACGUGGACCCCUUUGCAGAGCGUCCUUCUGCCGAUCACUACUCUUUCCCGCUGGUCGACGCGCAGCAGCUGGCCGACCGAGCUGCGAACAAAGACUCGCCAGCGGAUAAUCCCAGACCUCGACGAGUGAGGAUGCUGGCGCGAGAUUUCAUCGACGACAGCCUCUACAAUCCCGUCUACGGCUACUUUUCGAGGCAUGCUGUUCUCCUCCCUGACCCCUCGUCUGCCCCUUCGAGCGGAGAGGUGGGUGCCGUCUCGGAGCAAAAGGGUACCGGCAGCUCGUCUUCGCGCUCAGGCUUCCAUUUUGCCGAAUUUUCCAACGAUCGAGAAUUCUCUGCUGCCGUGGAAUCUCGCUACUUGGCCUUCGAAGAUACGCUGCCCUUGGGCCCUUCUAGCCCAUCGUCUCGUCAUGCCAAAUCGCAUCCGUCUUCGCUUUCCGCUCUCGGCUCGUCCGCUGCAGCGGCCCAGCUGGCACGUGCCAGACCGCGCGACCAAAUACAAAACAAGUCGAGCGCCAAUUUCAGAGUUGGUAGCGCCGAGGACUUGGAAGAGAGGCAGAGGAGGGGAAGAGAGGAAGUGGCGAGGCAAGCUCAGGCCGAGAGAGAUAGACAAUUGGGUAUCAAGAAGGAUCAUGAAGAAAGCCACGAGGCUGACGUAAGGGCAAUGGCGGCUAGGCAAGUAUGGCACACUCCCACCGAGCUCUUCAAGGUGAGCCGCACUGGGUUGCGCACCCUGACUUGGGGCAGUCUAGCAAGCAUCAUGAUGAGCUGUUUCGUGGCUCAUCUUCUUGACGCCUGCGCGCCCGCUUGUUUCCCUAUUCGCAGCCACACUACGCUCAAGCAGUUGCGCGGUACCUCUGCGCCGAAUACAAGUUGACGCUGUACCCCUACGAAGAUCUAGUCAUCUACGAGCUAGGAGCCGGAUCGGGAGCUUUGGCUCACGACAUUCUUGCCUAUUUGAGAGACGAGGAACCAGACGUGUUUCAAAGAACGCGCUAUGUAAUCUCAGAGAUCAGCGAGAGGCUGUCGCAGCAGCAAAAGGCGAAGUUGGAACCCUUUGCUGGCAAAGUCAGAGUGGUGAACCAGAAUUUCCUAGAGUGGAAGGACACUGUACUCGCUCCUUGCUUCGUCAUCGCCCUCGAGGUCCUUGUGAGUCUACAGCGGGGGUUAUGGACAGUCUCGCCUGAUUGCUGAUAGUCUGCUUCCGACUAGGACAACCUCACCCACGAUGUCGUGCGUUACAGCACAUCGACGCUGCAACCUUAUCAGGGUCUAGUCUCCAUCGACGCCACAGGUGAUAUGGAAGACUUGUACGAACCAGUACGAGAUCCGCUCAUCUCGCGGUACUUGCAGCUCUCGCGAGCCGUGCGAGGCACAGCGGUGCCCAUCUCUGCCCCGCGCCACCUCACGUCGCUGCCAUCCAGCAUUCGCAAGGUGUUGAGCGAGCACUUUCCCCUUUAUCCCAAUCUCACGCCUCCACAGUACAUACCUACUGGUCAAUUGCGCCUCUUGGACGUGCUCAGGUCCAAAUUUCCUCAGCAUCGUCUUAUCGCUAGCGACUUUCACUCUCUGCCGGACGCCAUAGAAGGCGUGGAUGCGCCGGUGGUGCAAACCAGGCUCAACGGCACAAUGGUACCGGUGACAACGUUCAAAGUGCUGCAAGGCUUCUUCGACAUUUUCUUUCCAACCAAUUUUCAGAUGCUCAGAGACAUUUACACGCGUGUCAUGAGCGAUCAUUUCCCUACUCAGCCGCCGCAAGAUCAAGAUGCAACAUCCCAUUCUGCUCCCACCUUUCGACCAGACUUUUUCUACAGCUCGGCAAGAGCGAGCAGAGGCAGGGCGCAGAGGGUCAAGAUCCUCACACAUGCUCAGUUUCUGGAACAAUACGCACAAGUCGAUCAGACUAGACUUCGGGAUGGUUCCAAUCCGCUGCUGGGAUGGUACCAGAAUGCCAGCUGGAUCCUGACUUGA